UUUCCGGCCCCAUUUUACGACCGUACUGCCGUACUUCCUAGGGCGCCAGAAACUGGGCUUGUGCUGGUGGUGGUGGCCGGGUAGUUUUCCUGUGUCGCCGUGGGGCUGGUGGCCGCGGCCUCUGGUCUGGGAUGAACCCCGCUCUCGGUGGAGGCAGGAGAGCUGAGCCGGAGCCAUGGCCAGUACAAUGGUAGCAGUUGGACUGACCAUUGCUGCUGCAGGAUUUGCAGGUCGCUAUGUUUUGCAAGCCAUGAAACAUAUGGAGCCUCAAGUAAAACAGGUUUUCCAAAGUCUACCAAAAUCUGCUUUCAGUGGUGGCUAUUAUAGAGGUGGGUUUGAACCCAAAAUGACAAAACGGGAAGCAGCAUUAAUAUUAGGUGUAAGCCCUACUGCCAAUAAAGGAAAAAUAAGGGAUGCUCAUCGACGAAUUAUGCUUUUAAAUCACCCAGACAAGGGUAAGUAGUUAUUACAUUCUUGU